UCUACUUUCAUUGCACUAAUUAAAAUUUCUUAUUCUCUGCAAUCAAGAGGUAUAAAAUGGCGUCACAAUAUCUUUUAAGUCAUAAAAGAUUUUGGGAAAAUGAUGAACCUAUAAAACUUCCCGGAAACAAUUCAAUUCCAAUACAGCACAAUGACUGCAUAAAAACGUUUCUGAAAUGUAUUCAAGAUGAGGGUUUGCAGAAAGCUUACAAUAGUUACGGAUACAAGGAUCAGGAAUCCAGUCAUUCAACCUCGGUUGUCAGUGCUGUACAAGAAGAUGAAACUAUGGUUGACGUCAUCGUUGUUGGUGCAGGAAUGGCAGGUCUAUCUGCAGCGUACGAGUUGAAAAAAGCUGGUCUUUCUUUGAAAAUUCUUGAGCAAACAGAGCGUUAUGGUGGAAGAGUCUAUACGUAUGGUAAAGAAAGUGGUCUUGCGUCUGGUUUGUAUGCAGAAGCUGGGGCUAUGCGACUUCCUGGCGAGUCCGACGAGCAAUCUAAGAGACAACAUUAUUUGACAGAUGGUUACAUCAAGAACUUUAAUUUAUCAAUAAAACGUUUUCCAAAUUACGAUAAAAAUGUCGUUUCUAGUAUCUAUGGAUAUCGCGAAAAAACAGAAGUUUGGUGUGAGAAACAUUUCAUCAAAACUUGGCCAAAUUGGAAAGAUGGUAUAAAUGAAGAGUUAAAAGGAGAUAUUACUGAUAUCUACAAAUAUUACAAAGAAACAACAGAUGUAGUCACUGACCAGCUUUACAAUUGGUUAUCAAAUUCCAAGAGUGUCGUUGAUCAAGUCAACGCUUGGGUUCGAUGGAUUAAAAUUUGGAGUCAGUUCACGGUGGAAAGCUUUUUGGAAAGUAAUAUUAAUGUGAUUAAAGCUAAAGUGUCUGUUAAAGACCAGAAAGAUUUGGAUGCAAUCAAACUUGAAAACCUUUUGCCAUGGUCUAACGAUGCCGUUCGUGGUCUUUCCGUAUUUUGCUAUGUGUCCGAUCUUGAACAGUCCCUAGUCCACUUUCCUUCUUUUAAACUGGGAAAGUGGGCAUCUGGUGAAAUGCAUUGCUUGAAAGGUGGUAUGCAUAAUUUGCCCAAAGCAAUACAAGAAACAAGUGUAUGA